UUCAAGAAGCCAACUUUCCUCUCGGGUAUGAACUUUCAGCAUACCCAAAAGGCCAAAACAAAAAGCCGUAGAAAAAUACUUUAAUGCAUAAGGUGGCAACGGGUGUCGUCUCUCACAUGCUUGUUCGGACUGAGAUUUCAGAGAAGGGAAAGUCCAUCUAAACCUAUCCUUCUCACUGUGGUAGCAGAUUCCAAAGCAUCAACCAACUCCCAAUCAAAAAUUAAAACAAAAGCCAGAGUAGAAAGGAGAGGCCUAUCUCAAAACAAAAGAAAGAACAACCAACCGGUUGCGAGUUCUAGUAGUUCCAACCAAGUUAUUAGAGCCACCCCAGGAUGCUCUUAUUAAAAUCAAUACAGUUGUUUCCUAAUCGUACGCUUUGUGCCUAUAUUUAUACAAUUCAACCUCAUUCAUUACUUUUGGUUGGGGUCUUCUCGUUUUGAGUUUGAUCUUUUUGUGUCUCUCUCCUAAAUCCUGUAAAACCUUUGUGGGUUUUUCUGGGUUCAGUUGGAUUUUUAAUUUUACAGCUUCACUGUAACAGAAGUUUGGUUCUUGUGAUCAAACAAGUUCUGUGUCAAGGUUUUGUUGGGGGGGUUUUCUGGGAUUUUUGUUGUAAACAUGAUUUGCUCUAUCAAGCCAUCUGUGAUUGCGAUCAAUGGAUCAUCAGAAUCUGUUUUUCGUAGAAGAUCUCUAUUACAAGUGCCGCGAUCUUCGCUUUCGCCGCCUCUACCUGCUCCAAAGGAAAACCCACAGACUACCAGUCUCCGGGUCUCAAGACCUUUACAUGUUGCUUCUAUCGAGUCUUUUGGGAUGUUGAGGCAGAGCCGGAAUAAGGAGGACAAGUCCUUGAUCAUAUGCGAUGCUUACGAGGCAGACCGAUCGGAGCCGAUCGAAGACACCAAAAUUGAGGCGGCGAAGAAGGUGAAGAUAGGUAUUUACUUUGCGACAUGGUGGGCUUUGAAUGUUGUGUUCAAUAUAUACAACAAGAAGGUGUUGAAUGCUUUCCCUUAUCCUUGGUUAACCUCUACGCUUUCUCUGGGUGCUGGAUCACUCAUUAUGCUGAUAUCCUGGGCUACCAGAAUCGCUGAAGCGCCCAAGACGGACUUCGAGUUCUGGAAGACUUUGCUUCCGGUUGCUGUGGCACAUACAAUUGGGCAUGUGGCAGCUACUGUGAGCAUGUCAAAGGUUGCAGUUUCAUUCACCCACAUCAUCAAGAGUGGGGAGCCAGCUUUUAGUGUGUUGGUUUCAAGGUUUCUGUUGGGUGAGACCUUCCCAGUCCCGGUUUACCUAUCCCUUAUUCCCAUCAUCGGUGGUUGCGCACUUGCUGCUGUGACUGAGCUUAACUUCAACAUGAUUGGUUUUAUGGGGGCUAUGAUAUCCAACUUGGCAUUUGUAUUCCGGAACAUAUUCUCAAAGAAGGGCAUGAAGGGCAAAUCUGUUAGCGGAAUGAACUACUAUGCUUGUCUUUCUAUGCUGUCUCUUUUAAUUCUUACACCUUUUGCAAUUGCCGUGGAGGGGCCACAGAUGUGGGCAGCUGGUUGGCAAAAUGCCAUCAAUCAGAUUGGACCUCAUUUUGUAUGGUGGGUGGCAGCCCAAAGCGUGUUCUAUCAUCUCUACAACCAGGUGUCUUACAUGUCGCUGGACGAGAUCUCUCCCUUGACGUUUAGCAUUGGAAAUACAAUGAAACGUAUUUCAGUCAUAGUCUCAUCCAUUAUCAUUUUCCACACGCCUGUCCAACCCGUCAAUGCCCUUGGAGCUGCCAUCGCAAUCCUUGGAACUUUCUUGUAUUCUCAGUCAAAGCAGUGAUAAAGGUGGACACAGAGGAUAUAGGAAUUUUCAACAUAAAUCAGAGAGAAUGCUGUGAAGAAUCAUCGAUCGCUAGAUUUGGGUCAGAGGAUCCAGUAGCGUGUUUCUUUCUUUGUUGUAGAUUAUCAUAAUAAUGACCAGUUCUUUUUAUACUCUAAUGAGGCUUAGAGGAGUGAAAUCUCCAAUAAAACAGGAUUAAGUUCCGGCUCUUGUCGUUUUUCGAGGAUUAUCGAUAAGUUUAAUAGUUGUAUUUCUUGCUUAAAUGUUAUCAGAAUCUAUUAUAUAUGCAAGUGGACAAUGUUUUGGUGA